AUGAAGAACAGCCCUACCAACGGCUCUAUAAGCAAGCCUGCGAGGAACAGCUCUACUAACAGCCCUGUGAGCAAGCCUGUGAGCAAGCCUGCGAGGAACAGCCCUGCUAACGGCCCUGCAAGCAAGUCUACGAGGAAAGCCCUGCUAACAGCUCUGCGAGGCUAUUAG